AAAGUGGUGGAAAUGAAGAGUUUGAACCAACGCUUCAACAUGGCAGCAGCUGAAUCUGACAAGGACUCUGGAUAUUCAGAUGGAAGUUCAGAGUGCCCAAGUGCUAUGGAGCAGACUGACUCGGAGGAUGUGCUGAAUGCGUUGUGUUGGAAUGCAGAGGAUGGGUCCUGGCAGUGCCCAGUGACCAGAAGCAGCUCCUUUCCUGCACUUUCUCCUAUGGUCGUAAUGAAAAAUGUGUUAGUUAAGCAGGGGAGUUCAUCACAACUCCAGUCUUGGACUGUGCAGCCAUCCUUUGAAGUGAUUCCAGCUCAGCCACAGCUAGUGUUUCUUCAUCCUUCAAUCCCACCACAUAUUAACCCUCAUCCUGUUGGGAAAAAAAGAAAUGACUCCACUGAUUACCUGCCCAUCCUGAAUUCUUACCCCAAAAUAGCACCACAGCCCUGCAAAAGAGAUCACUCCUUUGAUCUAGAAGAACGUCAGGAAACCAAUUGCCAUAAACGACUCCGCACAGAAGCACCCAAGGUGGAGACUUCUCCCAUAUCAAAGAUCACAGGCUUGCCUACUAAUCUUUUUGCCCACAUGCCAGUUAGCUUUAAGACCUCUCAGGAUUCUAACCAGCAAAGUUCUUCAUCUAUGGUGACAAGUGGAAAACAGUCAGCUCUUCCUGGUUUUCAUCACGUUUCCAGUGACACUCAGAAAAUGCAGGGUUUGGCUCCCCUUUUGCCUUUUGGAACUCUGCAGGCAACAAAGUGCACCCCUCAUGAGGGUGAGAGCGCAGCACAGACUACAAUGCAGUCUACAGUGUGGAGCCCCUCAUUGAUACCAGAUGAGAUUUGUACUACCCCAGAGCUGCUCUUGCAACAACAAAGCAAAUGCAGACGCUUUCAGAAUACACUCGUUGUGCUACGCAGGUCCGGACUGCUGGAGAUCACUUUAAAAACCAAGGAGCUCAUUCAUCAGAACCAGGUGACUCAGGCUGAGCUGGACCUGCUGAAGCACCAAACACAACUUUUUAUAGAGGCAAUAAAGAGCAAUGCUCCACAGUCAUGGGCAGAGCUAGAAGCAUCUCUAACAGGAUCUGAUAAAGCUGAUACCAACCUUGAAGAUCCAUCUUAUCCCAACAUGUAGU